AUUCUUUAAUGUUGGUCAAGACGCCAGCAGCGGUUUACGUUUGCUCCGUAAGUCCUGCAUCAACUCAGCAAGCACUGAAGAGCAACGUUCUCAAAGCCUGGAUGUAACUCCAUGAGAGGUAGACAUCAUAGGCCGGUAGGUUGCUUUGUUCUCAUGUACAUAUCACAUGUCAUGUAUGCCUGCUUUGCAUCUGCAGUUACCGGCUCUGAGUGCGCUAAAGGCUGCAAAACUCACAAGAAAUCCAUCCUACUAUCCGUGGUUGUGCACAACUUCGCAACUACUAUGUCUCCAGGUCUUGAGCUGGCGAAAUGCAUGGCCAUUGCCCUGGCCGCCUGGAUCCUUCCGCGUUCGUUCUUGGCACCGGUGGUGGCCUGUGGCGCUGUACAGCUGUGGUCGAUGAUGCAGCAAUGCCUCAGGACCUCGGACAAGCCCAAGAAGAUCCAUGAGUUUGAGAAUUUCCUGGCCACUGUGCAAACCCUGUGCGACCGUCGAAACUUCAGCAUCCUUGCAGCUGUCGUCGUUAUUCUGGUCUACUUGGCACUCGGUGAUUCGAUCAAGACAAGCCACUUCCUCCUGAGCGCAGCGUUCCAAGCCGCCCUCGCCUUCUCGCUGGGCAUUCUGGUCGCAGCCAUCCUUCCAGAAAAGGAGGAAGUGCAAGAACCUUACAACUGCCCUUGCGGCAUGAAGUGUGGGUCCUCGUCAGAGGACUCUUGCCCCUACGGUGCAGACUUUUGGUCUGACUUCGAGGAGAAUGAGAAGGUCCCCGAAGAGGAUCACAGCAAGGACUUGAUCGAUGUCCUUUUCCUGCGCAAAAAGUGCUGAGUGCGGUGGCAUUUUUGGGGUGACCACGCACAGGGCGCGAACGAAGAAAAGGGGCCCGAGCGUGGCCGAGCUGACGACGAGAACCUUCAGCCGUUCACCCAGAGAGACCGAGAAGAUCUGAGAACUCGCC